AUGGGCACUUACGCAAUUCCGUGUGCUUCCUGUGACAAGCAGUAUUUUGGUGAAACAGACUUACUAAGCGUCCGUCUCAAUAUAAACAUGCUGUACCCAGGGGACACAACAACAACGCCUUCUUCUGCCUUCAGUGGGACACAAGCCCCCCACGGACCCACCCAGCCCGCGACGACCCAGCCCGCGACCCAGCCCCACGACCAGAGGACCCCCACGACCCAGCCCCACGACCCAGCCCCACGACUCAGCCCUCGACCCCCUCCUCAGCCCCACGACCCACGACCCACACCGAGCCCCACGACCCAGCCCCGAACCCCCAGAGCCCACGACCAGCCACGACCCAGCCCCACGACCCAGCCACGACUCAGCCCCGUAACCCAGCCCCGUGACCCAGCAGCCCGCGCGACCAGCCCCACGACCCAGCCCCGGACCCAGCCCCACGACCCAGCCCACGACCCAGCCCCGCGACCCAGCCCCCACGACCAGCCCCACGACCCCAGCCCCAGCCCCCGACCCAGCCCACGACCCAGCCCCACGACCAGCCCCACGACCCAGCCCCCCCCACGAGCCCAGCCCCCACCCAGCCCCACGACCCAGCCCCAACGACCCAGCCCCAUGACCCAGCCCCAGACCCACCCCACGACCCACCAUGACCCAGCCCACGACCCAGCCACGACCAGCCCCGCGACCCAGCACGAACCCCAGCCCCACGACCCAGCCCCACGACCCAAGCCCACGACCCAGACCCAGCCGACCAGCCCCACGACCCAGCCCACGAACCCAGCCCCACGACCCAGCCCCGACCCAGCCCACGCCCAGCCCACACCCCCCCACAGACCCCGCGACCAGCCCCACGACCCAGCCCCUACGACCCAGCCCCGCGACCCAGCCCCACGACCCAGCCCACACUCAAUCCCCACGACCAGCCCGCCAGACCCAGCCCGCCCCACGACCAGCCCAACGACCCAGCCCCACGAACCCAGCCCCGCCGACCCAGCCCCUCGACCCAGCCCCAACGACCCAGCCCACGACCAGCCACGACCCAGCCCCACGACCCAGCCCCGCGACUCAGCCCCACGCCCCACGCCCGACCCAGCCCCGAACCCAGCCCCACGCCCAGCCCCACGACACACGACACACGACCCACGACCCAGCCCCCACGGACCCAGCCCCACGACCCAGCCCCACGACCCAGCCCCGACCCAGCGACAGCCGACCCCACCGCACCCACCCCAGCGCCCACGAACCCAGCCCACGACCCAGCCCCCACGACCCAGCCCCCCGACCCAGCCCCACACAACCCCGCGACCAGCCCGUGAUUCAGCCGCCUCGACCCAGCCCCACGACCCACGACCCACACCCGCGACCCCAAGCCUCGCGACCACUCAGCCCCACGACUCAGCCCGAGACCCAGCCCCACGACUCAGCCCCGUGACCCAGCCUUACGACUUCAGCCCCACGACCCACUCAGCCCCGCGACCCAGCCCCACGACCCAGCCCCGCGACCCAGCCCCGCGACCCAGCCCCGACCCAGCCCACGACCCAGCCCACGACCCAGCCCCACGACCCAGCCCCGUGACCCCAGCCCACGACCACAGCCCCCCCACGACCCAGCCCCACGACCCGCCCACGACCCAGCCCUACGACCCCGCCCCACGACCCAGACCCAGCACCCAGCCCACGACCCAGCCCCGCGGACCCAGCCCCGACCCAGCCCCGCGACCCAGCCCCACGACCCAACCCCGCGACCCAGCCCCACGACCCAGCCCACGUGACCCAGCCCACGACCCACGCCCCCUGACCCAGUUACGACCCCCGAGUCAGCCCACGACCCAACGACCCAGUACGACCCACCCCACGACCCAGCCCCCUGACCCAGUACGACCCCACGACCCAGCCCCACGACCCCACGACCCAGACCCAACCCCACGACCCAGCCCACCGACCCAACCCCGCGACCCAGCCCCACGACCCAGCCCCGUGACCCAGCCCCCACGACCAGCCCCUGACCCUACGACCCCACGAUCAGCCCCACGACACCCACACCCAGCCACGACCCAAUCCCACGACCAGUACGACCCAGCCCCACGACAGCCCAUGACCCAACCCUACGACCCAACCCCACGACCCAGCCCCGUAACCCAACCCCACGACCCAGCCCGACCCAGCCCCGCAAACUGUGCCCGUCGCUGUUACCCAGUCGCAAACAGUCAUGCCAGUCGUCUAAUCAAUACCAAUUAUCGCCAGUCACUGACAGCCCACUACAAAUCACUGCCACUCUUCCCGAUACAAGGGGGAGGCGAGCGUGGCUAUCCUCUAUCGCUUUCUCACGUAAUCCGAUAA